GGCCCUGGAGUCGCGGCUCCGGCACCCAGGGCCCUCACUCUGCACUCACUCAGCCGGAGCUUUUCCGGCCAGCUGUGUGCCGCCGCUCCCGGAGCACCAGGCGCUCCCCCUUCAAGCCCGCGGUCCCACUCCGGGCCCCGGGGCUCCAGACGCCGCCCGGCAGUGAUAUGGGCGUCCCCCUGGUCCCGGAGGCCAGCGGCCCGCGCUGCGGGCCUGUGCUCCUUGCUCUCUUCCUGGCUGCCUCCCGAGGUCCGGCGGCAGCCUUCAAGGUGGCCACGCCAUAUUCCCUGUACGUGUGCUCCGAGGGGCAGAACGUCAGCCUCACCUGCAGGAUCGCAGGUCCCAUGGCCAAAGGGCACGAUGUGACCUACUACAAGACGUGGUACCGCAGCUCACGGGGUGAAGUACAGGUGUGCUCAGAGCGCCGGCCCAUCCGCAACCUCACGUUCCAGGACCUCCACCUGCACCACAGCGCCCACCAGGCCAACGCCAGCCAGGACCUGGCCCAGCGCCAUGGGCUGGAGUCGGUCUCUGACCACCAUGGCAACUUCUCUAUCACCAUAUACAACCUGACCCUCGCAGACAGUGGCCUCUACUGCUGCCUGGUGGUGGAGGUCAGACACCACCACUCGGAGCACAGGGUCCACGGCGCCAUGGAGCUGGUGGUGCAGACGGACAAAGCAACAUCGACGCAGUGCAUCGCGUACCCACCAUCGCCCAGGGAGAGUGAAAGCAUCACAGCUGCUGCCCUGGCUACCGGCGCCUGCAUUGUGGGCAUCCUCUGCCUUCCCCUCAUCCUGCUCCUGGUCUACAGGCAAAGGCAGGUGGCCUCCAACCGCCGUGCCCAGGAGCUGGUGCGGAUGGACAGUGGCAACACGCAAGGACUCGAAAAUCCUGGCUUUGAGGCCUCCCCGUCCUCCCAGACCAUGCCAGAGGCCAAACCCAGGUCUCCACUGUCCUACAUGGCUCAGCGGCAGCCUUCAGAGUCCGGGCGGCACCUACUCUCCGAGCCGGGCACUCCUCUGUCUCCACCAGGCCCUGGGGAUGUCUUCUUUCCAACCCUCGACCCCGUGCCUGACUCUCCAAACUCUGAGGCCUUCUAGACCAACUGGGGCCAGCGGGCAACUGUGGCUGGGCCUGGGGCAGGUGCAUCUGAGGCAGAGCUGACCUUCUUGAGUGGCCCCUUAGCCUUGACGCUGGUCCUGGUUUCCUCCCUCCUGAUCUGAGCCCAGACUCUCUGAGAUACCUCUGAUGGCCAGACCCUCAACUCCUCUGGGUGCUAUAGGGCAGAAGGGAGAAGGGGUUGGAUGGCUCAGCCCCUGUCUCAAGGAUGGUGGGGUGCUGGGAGCCCACCCCAGAGACCUGAACUUUACCAGCUACAAAUGCCAAAUGGCCUACAUCCGAGAAGUUCAAUAGUUUCCAGC